UCAACAAGAAACAAGAUGCAGAACACCCUGUUCUUACUGUGCCUGUUGGCUUCCCCACUGGCUUUGUAUGCUUCCGUCCGUCCCUAUAAACACUAUCGUGGUUCAGAAACAGCUAUUAGCACAGCAACACCCGUACCACAGUACCAGAAAGUAGGUUUAGAUCUUUGUCCAACCUGUAUACAGUUUACUGGUGAAGCUAUCAACGAACUCCUCAACAUCAUCCUCAAUCUUGGUGUUGUUGGCUCAUGUGGAAAAGUUUGUUCAGCUCUAGAACAGAAAACCGGAAGUCAAGCUUUAGGUCUGGUAUGCGAUUUACUCUGUGAUUAUGUUGGUAUUGAUGAAUUCAUUAAACUCAUCCAGAAGGCUGAUUUAGAUCCAUUUUAUUUCUGUGAAUUGAUAAAGAUCUGUCCCAUCUUUGAUACUGGUGAUGCCACAAUAACACAGCUGUCUGUUACACCUGCUAGCGGACCCCAGGGACCUAAACAAAUUGCUGUUGCCUAUACAAGUAAGAAUGGAACAGGUACUGGGGAAAUUAUAGUUGGUAUUCAAACUGUUGAUGGUCUCCCUAUUGAAACGGGAUUCGUCCAUGAUGCACAGCCAGCUGGAUCAUAUCCUUUAUCACUGACACUGAAGGCAGAACCUGAUCCCAACUGUGACCCUAGCCAGGGAUUCUGUGAACAAUGGUUGCCAGGCAACUACUCUGUGACUGUUGAUGUUUGCAAUGGAGAAUGUGGUAGUGCUCAUCCCAACAGUAAAGUCUAUGACAGAAAGACCACCGGAUUUAUAAUCACUGAAAACUAAAUUAUCUCCCUUGUUUCUACAGUAAUAAAACUUGUUUCUUAUAUAA